AUGUCUCACCAAUACCAUUUCGACGUUAAGAUGUCGUGCUCUGGAUGUUCCAAUGCGGUCAACAAGGCUCUGUCCCGCAAGUCUGAGAUUUCAAACAUUGACAUCUCACUGGAGAAGCAAUCUGUCGAUGUCACAACUACUUUGCCAUACGAUGAUGUUCUCGCUGCUAUCAAGAAGACUGGUAAGGAAGUGCUAGGUGGUAACGUUGUUGUCUGA